AUGACGAAGCCGCUGCCUUCCCCGCACGAGCUGCGGCUGUUGCUGAUCCCUGGAGGAGCAACCCCACCCAAAGUACCACCGAAAGAUGCAACGGGUUCACGACUUAACGGCCCCACUGGGCCCACCCUUCUCCCUCUUUCUUUGCCGUAUCCCUCAGCUCCCGAGGUGAUGGUAGAUUUUUUCGUCUCUGGGCAAUCAAUAUACGAGUUGAACAGAAGCUGCAGAAGCGUGGGAACCUGCUCCGCGUUGCUGCCUCCCGAGUUGGUCUUGAGCGACGCCUCGUUGCUGCUGGCCACUCCUAUAGACCCGUUGCUGCUGCUUCUGCCUCACUUGAAGCAGCAUGCUUCUUCUUCUUUUGUUUCGCUGCUCGAUGCUGUUGCUUCUCACAAACUUGACCUGCAAAUACGUCGCAACCUCCAGGCUGUAGCACAGCACCCAGCAGUGCUGCGGCGUCUGCACUUUGCAUGCGACAUCCGACUAUUGAAUGCAACUAAAGUUGAGACAGAGGAGGCGGCAGGGGCUGCUGCUGAUCACACGGAAGCAGCACAGCAGGGCCCUGCUGCAGCAGCAACAGCUGUUAGCGCUGAAGAGGGUAAAAAGCGUCUUGAGGCCGCACUGGGGGGCACACUCUUUGUACGCCUUAAUAUGGAUAAGACUUUGGCAUUCCUCCUAAGAAAACACGCGAAGCUUGCUGCUGCGAUUGCAAUGCAGCGCGGUCUCAGCAGCAGCAGCAGCAACAACAGCAGCAGCAGCAACGGCAGCAGCAGCAACAGCAGCAGCGAAAACAGCAAUCUUGCUUGCUCCCCCCCUGAUUCCAGCAGCAACGCGCUCUCCUUUUCGCUGCUUUCUGCUUACCUAACCGCACAAAUUGCAGCAUCUCUCGAGCAGCGCCUCAAGAAAGAUGGGCUACUGCGCGGUGCUCUUACGGGGGCGCCAGAGAAGACGUGCAUACAGAGGCCUACGAAGGACAGCAGCGAGAGCAGCAGCGUCGCUGCUACUGCAGCAGCAGCAGCAGCAGCAAAACCUCAAAACUCGAGUAAAACAGGGACCCGUUUGAAGAGAGCAGCGGGAACGGCUGCGAGUGGAAACACCCGGAAGACGCAGGUUAAGAAGAAAGCACCAUAG